UUUAUUACUUCAGAAAGAAGACACGUACAAAUUGAAAAAAAUGUGUGUCACCAUUUUGGAAUUGUGCCAAAUUUUCUUUAUUUGAUAUUUAGUAGUCAGAAUCAUUCUUUGCUUUCAGAAUAAUUAGAUGAUUGAUGUCAAUGAUUGCAAAUAAAAAGUUUUAUUUGCUAUAGUAAAUGUAUAUCGAAAAAUGUUAUAAAUUCAAUAUGAAUUAAUUUUGACACAGAACGAUUCGGGAAAGUUAAACUACAGUUAACUUAAAUUAAUAGCUACAAAGCAUUCUCGCUAUUUGAUUUGUAUUAACUGUGAAGCUCUUCUUUCUGUAACGCUCUCAUUUGCGAGUUAUAUGGUCUUUUAUUUGGAAAUUGAAUAUGAUUUUAGAGUACAAUGGCUCUUCUAUGAUCAAAUUCUAUGGGAGGUCAAAUUCAAGGUAGCACCGUCUCCCGUAUCGUAUUUGACAAAGUUGCGCGCGCUGGUGCAACGUUUCCCGUGAUUUAAUGGGCGAGCACAGAGCGGGAGUUCAGUCGGCGACGCGCGUUCCUUGUCACCGUGUGCUCUCGUACAUCCUGCUCCAGCAUCCCUCGCGCAUGGACCUGUGCACGCUCGAUAACGCAGGUUCACGCAUGAUAUGACUCAGUCCCGCGAGGUUCUGGCGAUGAUGGACGCGCACACAACCACGUUUGGACGUAAAAGAGGCUGUACGAUUUCGCGAUGUGGUGCCUUUCUUUUGGGCGCAUUUUUUCUAAUUAGUAUAGUCGCCACCGGUUUAUUGGUGUAUCAUUUUGCACCUUGCCUUGAGGAGAAACAAGUCAAGCAAUGCGACGAUUUGCUUGACAAUCCGUUUUUGCAAACCGGGAGAGGUUUUCCGACAACGUCGGCAAAGAAAAAAAUAGAUGUCAGAUUACCGAAAUCCGUCGUGCCCGAUUUGUACCAAUUAUGGCUGACACCCUUUAUAUGGGAGGGUAACUUCACUUUCCAUGGCGAGGUUAAGAUUUUCGUGAAUGUGACGAUAGAUACGAACAAUGUCACGUUGCACGCCGUCGACAUGAAGAUUGAUGAAGGCUUUACUAGUAUUAGGGAAUACUCGGCUAGCACUAACAAGACUAAGGUAAUCGGGAUCGUGGAGCAGAGAAACGACACCGACAGGCAAUUUCACGUAAUUAGAACAUCGGACACGUUAAGAGAGGGCAAGCAGUAUGUGGUGCAUCUCAAGUUUAUUGGGUAUCUGAACGACUAUCUGCAAGGUUUCUACAGGAGCUCGUAUACGGUUGGCAAUCAAACGAGAUGGAUCGCUACGACUCAGUUCCAACCAACGGAUGCGCGCCGUGCUUUCCCGUGCUUCGACGAGCCGGCUUUGAAAGCCAAGUUCCAGAUCAACAUAGCGCGUCCCAGAAACAUGACGUCUAUCUCGAAUAUGCCCAGGAAAGGGGAACCGAUGCCAGUACCCGGUUUACACACGUAUGUAUGGGACCAUUACGAACGUUCGGUACCGAUGUCUACAUAUUUGGUGGCCUUCAUAGUUUCCGACUUGGACAAAUUGGAAGACGGUAACUUCAGAGUUUGGGCGCGUCAUGAUGCCAUUAAUCAAUCGCAGUACAGCUUGAGUAUUGGACCGAAGAUACUCGGAUAUUUUGAGAAUUACUUUAAGAUCAAGUUUCCUUUGCCGAAGAUGGAUAUGGUCGCGCUACCUGACUUCUCUGCUGGCGCCAUGGAGAAUUGGGGCUUGAUAACUUAUAGGGAGACAGCAAUGUUAUAUCAGGAGGGUGUAUCGACCAGUAGUAGCAAACAGCGGGUAGCCACUGUGGUAUCUCACGAGCUCGCGCAUCAAUGGUUUGGAAACUUAGUGACUCCUAGUUGGUGGACGGAUCUUUGGUUGAACGAGGGGUUCGCCAGUUAUGUUGAAUACAUUGGCAUGGAUGCGGUAGAACCGUCAUGGAAGGUCCUCGAACAAUUCGUUAUCCACGAUCUACAAAAUGUAUUUGCUUUAGACGCUUUGGAAUCUUCUCAUCCUAUAUCUAUUAAAGUCGGCCAUCCUGAUGAAAUCAGUGAAAUAUUUGAUAAGAUUUCGUACGGAAAAGGUGCCUCCAUAAUAAGAAUGAUGGAUCAUUUCCUCACAACAAAAGUUUUCAAGCAGGGUUUAACUAAUUAUUUGAAUGGAAAAGCCUAUCAAAGUGCCGAACAAAACGAUUUGUGGUACGCUUUGACCGAACAAGCUCAUAAAGACAAGGUACUCGAUCCGAGUGUAACUGUUAAACAAAUUAUGGACACUUGGACUCUGCAAACCGGCUUUCCUGUGAUCACUGUUACGCGCAAUUACAAGAACCGCGGUGUAACAUUAACGCAGGAACGCUUCCUGCUCCGUAAUGGCACUACGACGACCACAGAGAAAUCGGAACCAUUAUGGUGGGUACCCAUCACUUAUACGAGUGAGAAGCAAUUAAACUUCGAUAACACUCAACCCAUGAAAUGGAUGAAAGCGGAACGCUCGAUCAUUCUCAAUGAUUUGGAUGUGAAUUCGUCUCAAUGGAUACUUUUCAACGUGCAAGAAACUGGAUACUACAGAGUGAAUUAUGAUAGAGAGAACUGGCAGAUGAUAAUCAAGCAAUUAAAUAAACAAAAUUUCAAAGACAUUUCGACGAUCAAUCGAGCACAAUUGAUCGAUGAUGCUCUUAACUUAGCCAGAGCUGGUAAACUCGAUUACACCAUUGCUCUUGAUGUUACGUCUUACUUAGCCCAUGAAACCGAGUACUUGCCUUGGAAAGCAGCUUUCAGUGCCAUAAACUAUUUGAACGAUAUGCUAAUCAAAACGCAGGGCUACGAUAAAUUCAGAUUGUACGUAUUAAAACUGCUGGAUAACGUAUACAAGCAAGUCGGUUUUACCGAUAAAGUGGGAGAUCCUCAGCUAACGGUUUUCACCCGAAUCGACGUUCUGAAUUGGGCAUGCGACUUUGACUACGAGGAUUGCGUAGUAAACGCCGUGCAGCAAUUCAAAAAUUGGCGUGACACUCCUAAUCCGGAUGUUAAUAAUCCAAUUUCACCAAAUUUAAAAGGGGUGGUUUAUUGCACGGCCAUUCGUGUGGGUGGACAGAGUGAAUGGGAUUUUGCCUGGCAGCGAUAUCGAGCGACCAAUGUAGGAUCAGAGAAGGAUUUGCUGUUACAAGCGUUGGGAUGCACAAGAGAGAUAUGGCUGCUUAAUCGUUAUUUGGAUUGGACCAUCACGGAAAAUUCGGGGAUCAGAAAGCAGGAUGUUGUCCGGGUAUUCGGAUCAGUUGCCAGCAACAUUGUCGGCCAACCACUCGCGUUUGACUACUUUAGAAAUAAAUGGCCGCGCCUUAGGGAAUAUUUUGGCACGUCACUAUUAACCGUUAAUAACAUCGUAAAAUCGUCAACCAGAGGAAUUAGUACAAAAUACGAACUGAAAGAUCUACUGGAAUUCGCAACUGAACACUUAGAGGAACUCGGCACUGCAACGCGGACCAUACAACAAGCAGUGGAGCAAGCGGAAGCUAAUAUACGAUGGAUCAACACCAAUCACGCGACGAUUCGCGACUGGUUACAGAGAAACACCGCGUAAUGAUCGACAUUGACAGGAAAUUAGUUCGUCUUCUGCGGUAUCGAAUUAAUACGAGUGAGUUGAUGUUUCCCGAGCGUCAGUAAUAUCGCUCGCGUUAAUUUCUCGCUGAAUUUAUCGUAGCGUCCAAAUAAAACGCAAAAAUUCGUCCAUACGCAGCAGAUUACAGAUGAAACACGAAGAGUGAAAAAUGCGAAAUAGUUAUUGUCAGAUUAUAUACGAGAGUAUUACGUGUUUUUGUAUGUAUUUGUAAAUAUACGGCCAGCAUUAUUGUAUUGUAUGUAAAUGAUAUUUAUGGGGAUAGCCCGAGUGGCUCCUCGGUGUGUUGCGCGUUUACGUUCUCGAUUAUGCCGAUAAAUUAUAUAGGAAAAGAUUACGUAUUUUAAACACGGGAAGGGGGUUAAUAACACUAGGAAUAUCUUUAUAAUAGAUAUUGAAUCGCGAUUGUUAUAGACGUUACUUUUUAGGCUUGAAGAAUUUUAUCGCAAUUUUCUGGGCAACGGAGAGAAUUCAUGUUCUGAAUAAUAGCGAAUGUUACGAGUUAGCGAGCUCGUCGCAAAAUUUUUCAAUUUUA